UGCGUGGCUUCCUGAGUGGUUGGCGGCAGCGGCCAUUUUGUGGAGCUUUGGAUCCCCCUUUCUGUCUCUCGGUUCCAGUUCAGGGCCUGGAGGGGACGAGGGGCCCAGGACUUCCCACGGUCCCCUUUCACGCGCCGGAGCGUCCCUGUCCCCCCUCCUUCUGCGCGGCGUCCAGGGCCCGUCUAUGAGUGGCCGUCCCCCCCGCGAUGGAAGACGACGGGCAGCCCAGGACACUAUAUCUUCUACUUUUUGGUGAUGAAGCAUUCUAGACCUGUUCUUCACAAUGCUAUGUAGGAAAUCUCUCUAGAGAUGUGACUGAAGUACUUAUACUUCAAUUAUUCAGCCAAAUUGGACCCUGCAAAAGCUGUAAAAUGAUAACAGAGCAACCCGAUAGCAGAAGGGUCAACUCUUCUGUUGGAUUUUCUGUUUUGCAGCAUACAAGCAAUGACCCUUAUUGCUUUGUGGAAUUUUAUGAACACAGAGAUGCAGCUGCUGCAUUAGCUGCUAUGAAUGGGAGAAAAAUUUUGGGGAAGGAGGUCAAAGUUAAUUGGGCCACCACACCAAGCAGCCAGAAAAAAGAUACAUCAAAUCACUUCCAUGUUUUUGUGGGAGAUUUAAGUCCAGAAAUAACAACAGAUGACAUCAAAUCAGCAUUUGCCCCUUUUGGUAAAAUAUCGGAUGCACGGGUAGUUAAAGAUAUGGCAACGGGAAAAUCCAAAGGAUAUGGCUUUGUGUCAUUUUAUAACAAACUGGAUGCAGAAAAUGCUAUUGUGCACAUGGGAGGCCAGUGGCUAGGUGGUCGUCAGAUAAGGACUAACUGGGCAACACGAAAGCCGCCAGCUCCCAAAAGUACACAAGAAAACAACACAAAACAGCUGAGAUUUGAAGAUGUAGUAAAUCAGUCAAGCCCCAAAAACUGUACCGUCUACUGUGGAGGAAUUGCCUCUGGAUUGACAGAUCAACUUAUGAGACAGACAUUUUCACCUUUUGGACAGAUUAUGGAAAUAAGAGUUUUUCCAGAAAAAGGUUAUUCAUUUGUGAGGUUUUCAACUCAUGAAAGUGCAGCACAUGCUAUUGUUUCAGUUAACGGAACCACAAUUGAAGGACAUGUUGUUAAAUGCUACUGGGGUAAAGAAUCACCAGAUAUAACUAAAAAUUUUCAACAGGUCGACUACAGUCAGUGGGGUCAGUGGAGUCAAGUUUAUGGGAAUCCACAGCAGUAUGGACAGUACAUGGCCAAUGGGUGGCAAGUUCCAUCUUAUGGAAUGUAUGGUCAAGCAUGGAAUCAACAGGGAUUUGGUGUAGAUCAAACACCAUCUGCGGCCUGGGUGAGUGGAUUUGGUGCUCAGCCUGCCCAGGGACAAGCAGCACCUGUAAUACCUAAUCAGGCUGGAUAUGGUAUGGCAAGUUACCAAACACAGUGAACUGGGGCUCUCGUUAAAAGUAUGAUUUCGAGAUAGGCUUCAAUUUCCAGUGAUAUUUCGAAGACUGGACUAUAGACAUUGGGGGCUUAAAGAAUAUUUAUUUUGAAAAUUGAAAAUGUUUGGAACCUUUAGCACAGCGUUUGCUUUUGGUGAAGGACACAAAUGUCUUCUGGUUAUGCCUUUUUAAUUUUUUUUUGUUCAUGGUGGAUAUGGACAUGUUUUUUCUUUAUGUACAAAAAUUAAAAUAAAGUCAAUAAAGACAACUCUGACUAUAAAUUUUGGUAUAUUAGGAAAAAAUGUUUAAUAACAUGAUUCUUAUGACCAUUCCAUUAUUUUGCUUUCAGUGUUUUAUAUCACAGCUUUUUAAGAAAAGUGAUAUUAAAGUUGCUUUUAGUUGAACUCUAAAAUGUAAUAUUUUGGUUGUGGUCCAAACAUUACAUCAUAGAAGACAGUUUUCUUCAGUAACCACAAGGCCGUCAAUCAGAAGACAGUCAUGGAAAUACCUUUUUUAAAAAAACAAAAACAAAUCCACCAACAGUUUUUCUUGGUGUGUGAAGAGACUGAAGUCUAAUAGAAAUGUUGCAGCUUAAGUAUUUGCAUUACUUGAGCAAACAUGUGUCCACAUUCAUGGAGUAUAGUAAGUGAAAAACUGCAUUUAAAUUUUAACUGCAGUCUCCCGCCCCCAUCCCUGAGUGUGGUGGUUGGCAAUCAUACUUUUUUCUUUUACAUAAGUUUGUACUUAAAGGCAAUGUUAUAAAAGCAUGUUCAGACAUAGAAGUAGCAAUGUAAUUAUUCAAAGUAAUACUGAAUAUACUCUGCUGUUUUGCAGUGGAUUGACAAGAAUGUGCAAGACUGAGAUUUCCAAAGUUGGCUACUAUGUAAAGUUACAUGAAUUACUAUACAAAAAGCCUUAAUUUUAAUUUCACAAAUCUUUAAUUAAAUCUUUUUGUCAUUAGAAAUCUGAAUUAUUUUUGCUUUAUAUUACUCAGUAUGUAAAUAUCUUGGUUGACAACCUUGUACAUCUACUUGAAGAUUUCCUUGAGUUGUGUAGUACCUGCGUGUUUAAAAAAUAAUCUUGGGGUGUUUUUUAAGUCUAGAAAUAGGUAGCCCAAGAAUUUUUUAAACCAAAUUGUUAAAAUAUCUUAUUUUAGAGAUUCCUCAAUGUGCCAUUUGCUAAACAAAAAUGCAGUUAAAACCAGUAUAGUUAAAAAUGCUUUUUUGUAUUUGGGGUGGCUUGCGUGUACCGAACCUGUACAGAGGGUAGGUUAUUAGUGCUCUGACUAUAAAUGGAUAAAUCAUGAAGUUGUUCAAAUGGUAUACUUCGGUUAUUUCUCAGUUAUUUUAUUAAUAUCUGAUGAAACUGCCUCAAUAAAUUUGAAGUUCAAAAUGAA